AUGCUACUAAAACAAUUGGCUACCAGAUUAUUACCCUUGAGAUCGAUUCCGAUACAACGUGUUUUGUUUAAUCGUCAUAGCAACAACUACAUUCCCAUUGCUGGGGUCUUGCAACAAUCGUCGGUACGUUUGAAAUAUACCCAAAAUAAAGGUGUCAAGGGUAUACGCAAUCGUAAAAGCCAAUUUGAAUCGAAUACCAAUCAACAAGAUGUGGAUAGUGAGGAGCAAGAGCACGAGGAAUUUGGUCAUUCUUUGAAUUUGGAAGAUAGUGAAUAUGAUCUAGUGGCCAAUGGUGCUAUGCGUGUAACACGAAAAUCAACUCAACCUCAAAAUGUACUCGUAAUCCAACCAUAUGUUAAAUGGUCCGUAAAACGUACCUCCAACAUUACACCCGAAGAUCAAAUACAAGAAGCUGAAGCCUUAAUACAUUCAAUUACCAAUUGGCGUGUGACCAUGUCCAUAAAAGUUCCUCUGGAAUCACUGGAACGGAAAACAUUAUUUGGUAAAGGUAAAAUGGAAGAGUUAAAGACCAUUGUCAAUGAAUUGCGUUACAAUAAAAGUCACCAGCAACAACCACUCACCUGUAUAUUUGUUAGUAAGGGGACAUUAAGUUUUGCACAAAAAUCACUUUUGGAAACGACAUUCAAAUUGCCUGUGAUGGAUCGUUAUUCGGUGGUAAUACAAAUUUUACGUCUACAUGCAACUAGCGCUGAGGCUCGUCUGCAGGUGGCAAUGGCUGAAAUACCAUAUAUUUGGGGUCAAGCCAAGGAUUACAAUACAUCGAAAUCGACAAAACUUGGCUAUUCGCUGACAGAUACACAACGUGACAUUUUGAAAAGUCGCGAGAAGAAAUUAAAGGUUGAACUGGAGCGUAUAAGGACGCAUAGGAAACUUUUACGCAAUAAACGCAGACAAAAUAACUAUCCAAUCAUUGCCGUUGUGGGCUAUACAAAUGCUGGCAAAACAUCUUUGAUUAAGGCCCUGACCCAAGAACAAACCAUAGAGCCCAGAGAUCAGUUAUUUGCCACCCUAGAUGUAACAGCCCAUGCUGGCAAAUUACCAUGUAAUUUGGAAGUGAUUUAUAUGGACACGGUUGGUUUCAUGUCCGAUCUACCCACUGGCCUAAUUGAAUGUUUUGUGGCCACCCUCGAGGAUGCAAUGUUGGCCGAUGUUAUUCUACACAUACACGAUGUAUCGCACAAUUGUUAUGACUCACAAAAACAACACGUUGAACAAACUCUCAAAAGUUUAACAGAUAAUUUCAUUGCAUCGGGCGGGGAGGAUCAAGUUACGCUGCCAAAAAUUAUUAAUGUUGGUAAUAAACUUGAUUUGUUGGAGGCCAAGAACAAGAAAAUUGACAACUUUGAAGGUUUUCUGGUCUCGGCCAAGCAACAAAACGGUUUAGCGCCCUUACUUGAAGAAAUUGAAAAUCAAGUUUUGAAAACAACACAACGUAAAAAAAUGACAAUACGUGUGCCCAAUGGUGGACGCGAAAUGUCUUGGCUAUAUAAAAAUGCAGCUGUGGUCAAGGUCAGUGCCGAUGAAAACGAUGCUCAAAAUCUGUUAAUGAAUAUUAUAAUAAAAGAAAGUGUUUUACAACAGUUUAAAAAACAAUUUUGCAAAUAAAUACAAUUUAUUUAAGAUCAUU